UCAUUUCAAUGACAGACUCAGAACACACAAACACAAAAACUGAUCAAGAUCAAUUGGAAAAUGAAAUCAAAGAGCUAAAACUCUCCCUCCCAAAAACAACAUGGUUUGAACAUUCACAACUUCUUUAUCAUCAUGGUUUUUGGUGCCCAGAUUUCUUAUUAGAGGGCGUUGUCACUUUCCAAAACCACUUUCAACCUCAAGAUAGUGAUAUCAUUUUAGCCACCUCUCCCAAAACUGGCACUACAUGGUUAAAAUCUCUCCUUUUUUCCAUAAUAAAUCGUACAAAAUUAUCCAGCGAUAUUUCUCAACACCCUCUUCAAACCAAAAAUCCUCAUGAGCUUGUUCUCUACUUAGAGUUCCAUAAGCCGGACUUGGCGGGUGAUGUACCUAGCGCCAGACCCGUCUUCAAGGGAGUGCAAACAGUCCUACCGCACAUGGCCCCUUACUUUAUUAGGGCCCCAUCACCAAGAAAGCCCACUCUACACAGUACCUCAGAAAAUUGUAAGACGGCCCUGCCCGGCGUCGUACCACGGCUCUUCGCUACACACUUGCCAUAUCUCUCAUUGCCAGACUCAAUGAAAACCUCGAAAUCUCGAAUUGUUUACAUUUCUCGAAACCCUUUGGAUACUUUCAUUUCACUUUGGCAUUUCUACCUGCAUUUGAAGAAUUAAUAUAAAAGCAUUGAGCCAAAUAUGGAAUUGAUGGAGGAAUGCUUAGGAAAGUUUUGCAAAGGGGAAUCUUCAUUUGGUCCUUAUGAUGAUCACUUGUUAGGUUAUUGGAAUGAGAGCAAGAAAAACCCACAAAAGGUGUUGUUCAUAGAAUAUGAAGGAUUGAAGAAGGAAUCAAAAGCGCAUUUGAAAAAGUUGGCUGAGUUUGUUGGUUGUCCGUUUUCGGAGGAAGAGGAGAAAGGAAAUGUUGUUAUAGAUGAGAUUUUAAAGCUUUGUAGUUUUGAAAGUUUGAAGGAAAUGGAGGUUAAUAAGAGUGGCAAACAUACUCCCUUAAUUGAGAAUAAGUCUUACUUUAGGAAAGGGGAAGUUGGAGAUUGGACUAAUUAUUUGACUCCUUUAAUGGCUAAACAAUUUGAUCAAAUGCUAGGAAAAUUUGAAAAUGUUGGUUUUUCUUUUGCAUACUAUCAAAUCAAAUUGUAAUUUGAAUUGAAGCUCCAAAUUAACAGUGUGUUUGUGAAUAAUUUUAUGAGGAAAAUUGUGUA